GCCAAAUGUUCCAUAUAAACCACAAAUGUUUAUUGUGUGAAUACCAGCGGUUUUUGUUAUUGGCGGGGAUAUUUCGUUUUUUUUUUAAUAGAAUUACUCCUAUAAAAGUACCGGACUUUCGUUGGAAAUGGCUACGAUUUUUACCCCUACAAAUCAGAUACGACUCACAAAUGUGGCUGUUGUUCGCAUGAAAAAAGGUGGCAAAAGAUUCGAGAUCGCCUGCUAUAAAAAUAAAGUAUUGUCGUGGAGAAAUGGAGCGGAGAAAGACAUUGACGAAGUUCUUCAGACCCAUACCGUGUUCACAAAUGUUUCUAAAGGCGAAUUGGCAAAGAAAGAAGAUUUAGUGAAAGCCUUCUCCAUAGAAGACCAAACAGAAAUAUGUAAACAGAUACUGGCAAAAGGUGAACUGCAAGUGUCCGACAAAGAACGACAAGUGCAACAGGAUGCCACUCUCAAAGAGAUUGCCACGAUUGUCGCCGAUAAGUGCAUAAAUCCCGACACUAAACGUCCUUAUCCCGUGAGCAUGAUUGAAACAGGCAUGAAAGAUAUUCAUUAUUCUGUCAAACCCAACAAAAACGCUAAACAACAGGCACUGGAAGUGAUCAAACAACUGAAAGAAUCGAUGAAUAUCGACAGGGCGCAGAUGCGCCUGGCCAUCGGACUACCGGCCAAGGAUGCCAAGCGUCUUCAGGAAAAACUGACCAAGCUUGCAUCAAAAGUCGAAGAAGAAAACUGGGCAGAAGGAGACUUACAUGUGGUAUGCUUGAUUGAUCCCGGUGCUUUUCGAGCUGUGGACGAAUUAAUAAGGGCCGAAACAAAAGGGAAAGGCACUUUGGAAGUAUUGAGCCUGAAAGACGUAGAAGAAGGAGAAGAGUUUAUGUAACGCGUUCAUAUUUUUAUUGUAGUGUUUGAAACCAGUUUUGAUUCUCACAAGUUUUUUAGUUCUUGAAAGGUUCAGUGUAGUUAAGUAACGGAGUGAAAGAGAAUUCCCGGUCCUCCGAUAUCCGCAGUCAGAGGCCGAAAAUCCAUUUUUCGAAAUUCCGUCAUGAGAGAUUCUCGAAGAUGUUCGAAUUUCACAAUAUCUGCCGAAAAUAAAUCGGGUUAGUUUCUGU